CCUCCCCUUCGUCCCCUCGGUCUCGGUCCCGGUCCCGUCGGUCCUUUGGUCCCGAGGUCCGCAUGGCGCGCGCGCUGGAGCCCCAGCGGCGGCUCCUGGCCGUCUACACCGGCGGCACGAUCGGCAUGCGGAGCGAGCAGGGCGUGCUCGUACCUGGGAGUGGCCUGGCCGCAGUCUUGAGGUCACUGCCCAUGUUCCAUGAUGAAGAGUACGCCCGGGCCUGUGGCCUCCCGGAGGACACACUGGUGCUGCCGCCCGCCAGCCCCGACCAGAGAGUCAUCUACGCGGUGCUGGAGUGCCAGCCCCUCUUUGACUCCAGUGACAUGACCAUCACUGAGUGGGUUCAGAUCGCUCAGACCAUCGAGAGACACUACGGGCAGUACGACGGCUUCGUGGUCAUUCACGGCACAGACACGAUGGCUUUUGCGGCCUCCGUGCUCUCCUUCGUGCUGGAGAACCUGCAGAAAACUGUCAUCCUCACGGGCGCCCAGGUGCCCAUCCAUGCCCUGUGGAACGACGGCCGGGAGAACCUGCUGGGGGCCCUGCUCAUGGCGGGCCAGUACGUGAUCCCCGAGGUUUGUCUCUUCUUCCAGAAUCAGCUGUUUCGGGGCAACCGAGUGACCAAGGUGGACUCACGCAGGUUCGCGGCCUUCUGCUCCCCGCACCUGCCCCCUCUGGCCGUCAUGGGCACCGAUGUCACAAUCAACCGGGAGCUCGUGCGGAAGGCCCGAGGGAAGGCCCAGCUGGUGGUGCACAGCAGCAUGGAACGGGACGUGGGCCUGCUGCGCCUCUACCCCGGGAUCCCCGCAGCCUUGGUCCGGGCCUUCCUGCAGCCCCCCCUGAAGGGCGUGGUCAUGGAGACCUUCGGCUCGGGGAACGGGCCCACCAAGCCGGACCUGCUGCGGGAGCUCCGGGCUGCGGCCGAGCGGGGUCUCAUCAUCCUCAACUGUUCCCACUGCCUGCAGGGGGCCGUGACCUCUGACUACGCGGCUGGCAUGGCCAUGGCGGGAGCCGGCAUUGUCUCUGGCUUCGACAUGACGUCAGAGGCCGCCCUGGCCAAGCUCUCCUAUGUGCUGGGCCAGCCUGGGCUGACCCUGGACGACAGGAAAGAGCUGCUGGCCAGGGACCUUCGGGGCGAGAUGACACUGCCCACGGGGGCGGAGCAGCGGCCCUCACUGAGUAGCAGCGCGCUGGGCCGGGGGGCUGCCCAGCUCCUCACUCUCAGCCAGGAGGCCGACGCCAUGCGGGAGGCCCUGGUGCCCAGCCUGGCCUGUGCUGCGGCCCAUGCCGGCGACCUGGAGGUGCUACAGGCGCUUGGGGACCUGGGCAGUGACCUGAGCCUAGAGAACUUUAACGGUCAAACUCCUCUGCACACGGCCGCCCGGGGAGGCCAGCCUGGGGCGGUCACCAUGCUGCUGCGGAGAGGGGUGGACGUGGACCCCCGAGAUGAGGACGGAUUCAGCCCUUUGCUGCUGGCCGUGAAGGGCAGGCAUCGGGGUGUCAUUGAGCUGCUGCGGGCAGCUGGGGCCUGCCUGUCCCCCCAGGAGCUGGAGGACGCGGGGACAGAGCUGUGUAGGCUGGCGGCCAGGGCAGACCUUGAAGGCCUUCAAUCAUGGUGGCAGGCGGGGGCUGACCUGAGCAGCCCAGGCUACGACGGGCGCAGUGCCCUGCUUGUUGCAGAAGCAGCUGGGAACCUGGAAGUGGUGACCUUCCUGCAGAACCUCAAGGGUGGGGCCAGUGCCCAGGCCCCAGGCCCAGCCACUCUGUGACGCACACUCUCACGGCGCUGGAAGG